AGUAACAAGGCUGUAUAGUAAUAUGUCAUGUCCUCUUCUCUCUACAUAGCUGGCUCGUCAUCAGUAGUGAGUCGUUCCGGUCUCGUCCCCAGCCCCAAACCACAGUUCUCCGGUGAGCACACCCAAGAGAGGCCCUCUGGGCCCAGGGCCUGUCCUGGUGCCACCUGGGGCCACAGUGUGCCAAGCACCCCGCCCGUCGUCACCAUCGCCCCCACCAAGACCAGCAACGGCCUCUGGAGGAGCGAGGCACGCCAGACUGACUCGGGCCCUCGUGGGGUCAGUAGGGAGCGUCUGGGAGCAGAGGCGCCCCACCAGCAGGAGAAAGGUGGCCCCUCAGUCCCUGCUCACCUCAUGGGAAACCCCUAUGCCUUUGGCCUGAGCCCCGGAGCUGUCAUGCAGGACGCACGCUUCCAGCCCCUCAAUCUGCCCAGGCAGCUGCCCCAUGGAGUGCCCCCUGGUGGUGUACCAGAGGAGUACCUGCGGGGGUUCCGCCCCUACGCCACGGCCGAGGACCUCCGCAUGCCUUCUGGACUGCCCCUGGGCCUGGACCCCGCCGCCGCCGCCGCCUACUACCAUCCCUCCUACCUGCCACAUUCCUCCUUCGCCCCCUACAGGAUGGAUGAUCCGUUCUGUCUAUCAGCUCUGAGGUCACCGUUCUACCAGCUCCAAGGAGGGGGAGGCCUGCCCCCCCUGCACCCCUCUGCUGUCCACAUGCACCUGCAGGGGGUCCGCUACCCUGGGGACCUCACACACGCCUCACUGUCCGCUCUGCAGUCUGAGAGACUGUCUGAAAGGCUCCAGAUGGAAGAUGAGCUCCGGCAGCGAGAGAGGGAGCGCGAGCGUGAACGAGAGCGCGAGAAAGAGAGGGAGCGUGAGGCGGAGCGAGAGAAGGAGCGGGAGAGAGAAAGAGAGAGGGAGCGAGAAAGAGAGAAGGAGCUGGAGCGGGAGAGAGAGCGUGAGCGGGAGAGGGAGCGGGAGAGAGAGAAGGAGCGAGAGAGAGAGAGGGAGAUGGAGAGGCAGAAGGAGAGGCAGAAGGAGAGAGUGAUGAGAGAGAAGGAGCUACAGUCCAAGGCAAUGGAGAGUCACUACCUGGCUGAGCUCCAUGCCAUGAGAGGACAGGAGGACAGAACCAAGCCUGAGAGACUCACCCCCAACCGGCCAGACAAAACCAAAGAGCCCGCCCUCCAAGCUCCUAAGCCAAUGCCACCAGGCCUCCACUCCUCCCUGAGCCAAUCACAUCACGGRGUUCCCGGCCUGGUCUCCGCCCAUGGCCUCUACCUGGGGCCCGGCGGCGUAGGGGCGGGGCUCACCGCCGCCAUGAUGCUCCAGCGGACCAAUGAGGAAGAGCGCUGGUUGGCGCGGCAACGGAUGCUUCGCCAGGAGAAGGAGGAUCGUCAGUACCAGGUGUCAGAGUUCAGACAGCAGGUCUUAGAGCAACACCUGGACUUGGGACGACCUGGGGAGGGAGGAGAGCUACGCUCAGACACACAAAGGUCCAUACCAAAUCAUCACGAGCCGGGUGGCCGCGACCUCCACCCCCACCUGGGCGCCCCUCCUCCUCUCAUCUCCCCCAAACCCCUCCAGUCCCGCGACCACCCCCACCCCCCUCCCCCCACCACCCUGUGGAACCCCGCCGCCCUCAUCGAUACCGCUUCGGACUCACGACGCACCACCCACCAUGACCCACCGGGCUUGGGCCACUACGACCUCAGCCGCUUGCCUCCCAAACUGGAGGAUGGGCUCCGGAGGGGAAGGGACCGGGACGGGGGCCUGGAGAAGUACCACCCCCCUCUCCGAGGCCCCCCGGGGCUGCCUGAGCCCAGCACCUURCUGGCAGAGCUGGAGAAAUCCACCCAGACCUUCUUCAGCCAGCAGAGGGCCUCGCUGUCCCUGCCCAGCCAGUACGGAGAGCUGGGYGGAGGGAUGAAGAGCAGCGGGGCCCUGAAGAGCCUCCAGGGGCCCCCAGGAAUGGGGAGACAAAGCCAGGCCCAGGGACACAGUCUGYGRCAGGGAAUGGGGCRUGAGUCUGGCCUAAUGUACGAUGAGUUUCUCCAGCAGCACCGUAGGCCUGUCAGUAAACUGGACCUGGAGGAGAGGAGGAGGAGAGAGGCCAGGGAAAAAGGUYAAAUAUACCCUACUGCUGCUAAACCCAUUGUUURAGGCMUGUGUUUUUAGAGUUUAGUUGAUUUUGUUUCYAUGUUUAGUUUURGUGUUAUGUUYAAAAUGCAUUCCAAGCUAAAAAGUCUAACUUGUGUAYAGAUUCUGUUUUUGUGGUGUCAGUGUCAGUAAGUUGUGUUUGUGUAGUGGUAGUAUGUACUGAAGUUGUA